AACAACAAGACACACACACACAGACCGCAAGUGCACCAUAAAAACUAAAAAGGGAUAAUUGCCUUACAAGAAGGAAGAAGGAGCAAAUCAGACCAGGAUAUACAAUAAUACAUAUACAUAUAUAUAUAUAAACAAAGAAACACAUCAAAAUGCCAGCAGAAAAAUCAAUAUACGAACCAAAUCCAGCCAUUAGUCAAAAGGCUUACAUAUCCAGUUUUGAUGAAUAUAAGAAAUUCUAUCAGGAAUCAUUGGAUAAUCCUUCGGACUUUUGGUCACGUGUGGCCAAACAAUUCCAUUGGGAAACACCAGCUGAUCCUGACAAGUUUUUGCAAUAUAAUUUCAAUAUUUCCAAAGGACCCAUUUCAAUUAAAUGGAUGGCAGGAGCCUCUACCAAUAUCUGUUAUAAUCUGUUAGAUCGUAAUGUACGUAAUGGAUUGGGCGACCAAAUAGCCUAUUAUUGGGAGGGCAACCACCCCGAUGAUUAUUCGCGCGGUCUUACCUACCGCAAACUGUUGGAGGAGGUCUGCCGCUUUGCCAAUGUCUUGAAAGAUCAUGGCAUUAAGAAGGGUGACCGCGUUUCGAUAUACAUGCCCAUGAUAUUGGAGUUGCCCAUUGCCAUGUUGGCCUGUGCCCGUAUUGGAGCCGUACAUUCCAUUGUCUUUGCUGGUUUCUCGCCCGAUUCGCUGGCCGAGCGUCUGGUCGAUUGCAAGGCCAAGCUGUUGAUCACCGCCGAUGGGGCUUGGCGGGGCGAGAAGCCCCUCUAUCUGAAGGCACUCUGCGAUACGGCCCUGGAGAAGGCCGAGGAGUUGGGCCAUUCGGUGGAGAAAUGCAUUGUGGUGUCGCAUUUGAAGCGGGUUACACCCUGCCAACCGGAUCAUGUCGAGGAAGAGAUACCCUGGACCGAUGAUCGUGACUAUUGGUGGCAUGAGGAAAUGGAGGACAAAGAGCCAGCCUGCUAUCCCGAAUGGAUGGACGCCGAGGAUCCAUUAUUCAUGCUCUAUACGAGUGGUUCGACUGGCAAACCCAAGGGUGUCCUCCAUACGACAGCGGGCUAUCUACUGUAUGCGGCGACCACAUUCAAGAUUGUCUUCGAUUACAAGCCUGGGGAUAUCUAUUGGUGUACAGCCGAUGUCGGCUGGAUUACCGGGCAUACCUAUGUGGUGUAUGGCCCAUUGGCAAAUGGUGCCACUUCGGUUAUUUUCGAGGGCACUCCAUUCUUUCCUGGUAAUGAUCGCUACUGGAGCGUCAUUGACAAAUACAAGGUCACUCAGUUCUAUACGGCUCCAACGGCCAUUCGGGCCUUGAUGAAGUUUGGCGAAGGACCCGUCCUGAAGCAUAAUUUGAGUGGUCUCAAAGUCCUUGGCAGCGUUGGUGAGCCCAUCAAUCCAGAGGCUUGGCUCUGGUAUUAUCGCUAUAUUGGAAAAGAGCAGUGCUCCAUAGUUGAUACAUUUUGGCAAACCGAAACCGGUGGUCAUGUCAUAACUCCACUGCCCGGUGCCACACCCAUGAAACCAGGAUCGGCUUCGUUUCCCUUCUUUGGCGUGAAACCCAUUCUGCUUGAUGAAUGCGGCAUUGAGAUUAAGGGCGAAGGAGAGGGCUAUUUGGUUUUCUCGCAGCCCUGGCCCGGCAUGAUGCGCACUCUGUACAACAAUCAUGAACGCUUCGAGGACACCUAUUUCUCCAAAUUCCCCGGCUACUAUUGCACCGGUGACGGGGCCCGUCGCGAUGCGGAUGGCUAUUUGUGGAUCACUGGACGUGUCGAUGAUAUGUUAAAUGUUUCUGGUCAUCUGAUGUCAACAGCUGAGGUGGAAUCGGUUCUCACCGAACAUCCACGUGUCGCCGAAUCGGCUGUGGUCUCCCGCCCGCAUCCGGUUAAAGGGGAAUGCCUCUAUUGCUUCAUUACGCCCAAUGAGAAUGAGAAAUUCGAUCAGAAACUAAUAGCGGACCUCAAGAAAAUGGUACGUGAACGUAUUGGACCAUUUGCCAUGCCAGAUGUUAUACAAAAUGCUCCCGGUUUGCCCAAGACACGAUCUGGUAAAAUAAUGCGUCGUGUGUUGCGUAAAAUAGCCGUAAACGAUCGCAAUGUGGGCGACACUUCGACCCUGGCGGAUGAGCAAAUUGUCGAACAGCUGUUUGCCAAUCGUCCCAUUGAGGCCAAGUAGAUGGCCUCCUUCACACAAUCUAUGCGCCACGAUUUUGCCAUUAUUUCUAUGCAUUUCUUUUGGCUAAACAAACAACAUGUAAAUCUCCCCCAAAAACCUUACUUAUUUACUUACUUACUACUUACUACUACAAUUUAGUUAUUAAGUCUCUUUAAAAACCAAGUGCGUAAGUAAAUCCAUGACAGGAAACUUAAUAUCUUCUUGUU